CGCGUAUAUGACAGCACGACCCGUAAUCCCGCAUUUACCUCAUCGUCGCAGAUGCAGUCUCAAGCGACACCAUAUAACACCGGCAGCGUUGUUCCUUAGAAUACAGGUUCCCAGUCCACGCUCCAACCAUGAAUCUGACCCUAUACAAAGAAGUACUCGUCCAACGAGGCCUCACAUACCGGUACUACUGGUCUCCACCGGCCCUAGGAAAGCCCGCUCUGCUCCUCUUGCACGGCUUUCCGUCGACCGCCUACGACUGGCACAAGCAGGUCGCCUACUUCCAACCGCUGGGAUACGGUAUUUUAGCUCCAGACCUCUUGGGAGCCGGAGGUACCGCCAAGCCCUUGGAUGCUCAAGCGUUUAGAAUGAACGCCAUGGCGCGCGACAUCAUGGACAUCCUUGCGGUCGAAGGAGUCGACAAGGUGGUCGGAAUAAGCCACGAUUGGGGCUCGCCGCUCCAUUCCCGCCUUGCUGUCCUUUACCCCGAUGCGUUCCUCGCGCAUGGGUGGCUCGCGGUCGCGUUCUCGGAGCCCAUCACCACUCACUUCGAUCUCGAGAAAGAGCUGGCGCGUACUAAAGAGGUGCUCGGGUACGAAGCUUUCGCGUACUGGCAGUUCCUGUUAAGGGACAAUGCCAGCAGCGUCGUUCAGAAGCACGUCGACAGCUUCCUCCAGAUCGCGUAUACGGAGGACGCGGAGAACUGGCGUAUCUACCUGGUGCAGCGCGGAAAGUUUGCGGAAUUCGUUGAAGGGAACGUGCAGCUUGGACGACCGUCCUACCUCGAGUACCAGGAAUACACAGCUCUCCGCGACGCACUACUCGCGAACGGGAUCCAGUCCUCCGUAAAUUGGUACCGCGCACAGGUGGAGAAUGUCAACCUGCAGGAUAGUCUCAGAAUUCCCAAAGAGGCAUGGAAGCUGAAAGCGCCUUCAGUUGUCUUCCUCGCGCUGAAAGACUAUGUGUGCACGCCUCAGGCGGCAAAAACUUUCAUGGAGAAGUACGGGGCGGAGGUCGAGUACUAUGACGUAGAGAGCGGCCACUGGCCUCAUCUCGAACGCGCUGACGAGGUGAAUGAUGCCUUGCGUGGGUGGUUGGAGGGCCAUGGCUGGUGA